AUGUCAAAAACCCCAAGGAUGUGGAACCUCCGGUUCGUCAGCGCGAGAGCGGAAAGCCAAGACUUUUGGAAAGUUGGGUCGCGCCGCUGCAUGUGCACUUUUUACAAUGGGGAACAGACUGGGAACUUUUUGAUUUUCACGAGCCGAUGUUCUUUUUCUUCUAUUUCGAGUGGGGAGAGAACGCGGAUGGAACAAAACGGGGUUCGGGUGUGUGUACGAAUACAUACAUCGUAUGGGUGA